AUGGAAAACCAGGGAAAGGUCAAGGAUGUGUCCCCAACUUUGGUGCUUCUUGGGUUUCUCAUUGCCGGUUACCUCGCUAGGCAGCAUUAUUUUAAAAAAGCGAACCCGAAGAGAGAUCGACUAUACUGGGAGCCUGUUGCAGAAGUUGCGAAAAUAUUCGUGUUUCCUCUUUCUUACGGAAAUCCGAUGAAAGUGGGUGUCGCGAGAGCAUCGAAGACAGGGUUUCAGAAUGGGAGAAAUUACGAUGGAAUGUUUAAUGUGAUGGAUGACGAGCUGCGAAUUGUGUCCCACGAAUCUCUCCCACGGAUUGCUUUGAUUUCGUGUCGAAUGGUCAAGGAGGCCAUUGUCGAGUUGAAAGCGCCUUCGAUGAAAAAUAUCAGAAUUGCCUUUUCACUUGAUGGAGUUUUACCGACUCAAGUAUGGCACGAUGAGGCGUCAUUCAACGUAAUUGACCUGGGGGAUGAGGCUUCCCAUUGGAUUACGGAGUUUCUGCUCUACAAAGAUGAUCAGGAUGUUCAAGCCUGGGGUACGCUUCGUGUGGCGUAUGUUUUACCCCUAUCUCCGAAACCUGAUGAGCUGAAAGGCUUCGCGAUGAAGGACUCAUCAAGACGCACUUCAAAGGAUAAGCGACUGAAACUCACGCUUGUGUCCGAAGCGAGCGUGGAUCAUCUAAAUUAUAAACUCUCGAAUAAGAUGCUACGAACAGUUUUGUAUCGAAACUUCCAUCCCAGCAUCGUCGUGCGAAAAAGCGAGGCGUAUGCUGAAGAAAACUGGGAUAUCAUUAAAAUCGGUGAUGUUAUAUUUUCGGCGUCGCCUUGUCCCAGAUCCUUUGUUCUUCCGAAGGCCCCUGAUGCUGGGGAGACGUCAGUGGGAUUCGAAACUUUGAGAACUCUCAGAGAGUAUCGCCCUGUGCAUCGAAUCGAAGCGGAAGAUGAGAUCAAAGAUCCUCUCUUUGGCAUUGAGCUGAACGUGCUGAAAAUAGGAGCUGUUUCAAAACAUGGCGCCUUCCAUUUCGGCAUUCAGCACACUGAGCACUGCGGUCAACCUACUGCAGUCGAACAUGGUGGUCGCUCAGAAUCUCCUAUGAAUUCCUUGCCUGGAUGUGAUCCAUUAGCGGAAUUUUCGUUCUUCGUGAUGGCGGCGACGCUUCAGCCUUAUUUAAAUGCUGUGAGGCAUACCCUUACUGCAGCCAUUUGUGUCGGUGAUUUUUCAUCCCAAGUCGUCGAGCGACACAACAAGCCAGAAGUGGAAGUGAAGACAUGCAAGGAGCUCCUUUUGAACCCUGUGAUUAUCAGCCGAAACGAGCGGGAGAAAGUCUUGAUUGAGGCAUCCGUGAAUUCUGUACGCGUCAGUAUCGCUAUUAAACAAGCUGACGACAUCGAAAAAAUUCUGUGUCACAAGUUCAUGAGAUUCAUGAUGAUGAGAGCGGAGAACUUCACAAUUCUUCGACGGAAGCCUGUGCAGGGUUACGAUGUUAGUUUUUUGAUUACGAAUUUUCACACGGAGCAAAUGUACAAACACAAGCUCGUGGAUUUUGUUAUACACUUCAUGGAGGAGAUCGAUAAAGAAAUUUCCGAAAUGAAGUUGUCAGUGAACGCGAGGGCAAGAAUUUGUGCUGAGGAAUUUUUAAAGCGGAUGGCCGACCGCGACAGUGCGAGCGAAAGUGAUUCUAGUUCUGUAGAUGGUGGCCCGAUCAUGAUGCCUCCUUCACCGAUCAGCAGGGAGCAACUUCACAAACGAAUCGAGUCUCUUCAACAAGGUAACAAAGUUCUGCGAAUGGAACUUGAGUCGAUGAAGCAUCGCGUCAAGCAACUUCAAGAAGAAAAUAAGAGCUUGCGUCAAGCGUCUGUCACGAUCCAAGCCAGAGCCGAGCAAGAAGAAGAAUUCAUCAGUAAUACUCUCCUGAAGAAAAUUCAGGCCUUGAAGAAAGAGAAAGAAACUUUGGCGUUGAAUUACGAGCAAGAAGAAGAAUGCUUGACGAAUGACCUGUCCCGGAAAUUGAAUCAGCUGAGGCAAGAAAAGGUGAAUCUUGAAGCUACGCUUGAGCAAGAACAGGAGUGCUUAGUGAACAAGCUCAUGAGACGAAUUGAACGGCUGGAAGCUGAAACGAAUGGAAAGCAGCUCACGUUGGAGCAACUGCGUCGAGAAAAAGUGGAACUUGAAAAUACUUUGGAACAAGAACAGGAAGCUUUAGUUCACAAGCUUUGGAAAAAAAUGGGGAAGCUUGAAUCUGAAAAACGACUUUUGAAGGGUAAACUUGAUGGCAUGGAUGACAGUAAAAGCGGUCCAAGUUCAUCUGAACUUGUCGAUCAGCCUGGAUCCUCUUCUGGUACGCUUAAUCGCCAAACCGAGGAGCUGCCAGUAUCGUCCCCAAUCGCUGCCCCGCAGUCUCCCCAAGAAAGGCCGUCUCAAAUCUUAAAACUUCAGAACGAAGCUGUGAAGCUUCGCCAGCAACUUAACAGCGCCCAGAAAGAACAUAAUGAAAAAAUGCACCUGUUCGCGACUGAGGAAAAGCAGAUCCGAAUGGAUAACGUGACCCUGCAGAAGAAGCUUGCUUUGGAAAAGGAACGAAGGCGUGCGCUUUCAAGACAACUUUCUGAGUCCGAGUCUAGUUUGGAGAUGGAUGAAGACCGAUAUUCAGUCGACGGAAGUACCGGUAGUACUUAUCGAACUCGGGCCGGAUCCAGUCCUGUGAAUUCUGGUGGUGGAUCUAGUGUUAUUCAGCAUCGGCCAGCCUCGCCUAGUAAAAGUGCCGGAAGCACUGCCAGGUGUCAAAGCUGUGGUCAACCGAUUCCGUACAGGUCGUUCAUUCCACCACCUUCGCCGCCGUUAAAUGUUCAUCAACAGGGGUUCGGAGGGAUCAGCGUCUCAGUCGGUAGCCAAGGGAAUGCAAACGCGGACGUACAGUUCGUGAAGCCGUGUGUGCCGAGUCCUGGAGGUGGUGGGCAACAAGCGGCCCCCGCGUCUAGGUUGCGUCAAAUGGCGCCGACUACCGGAAGCCCGAUGCCUGUGAUGGAUUUCCGCAGUUCCGUUUCGCCGGCCCCUUCCCCGAUGGACACGUCGCGCGGGAUGGACUCUGAGGACGAUGCACGCAGCUGUGACGGUGAUGUUGAGGAAAGGAAAACUAAUUGA